AUGGCCAAGGAGGUGAUGAAAACCCACGACCUAGUGCUUGCGAACCGCCCUCAAAUCUUCUCUGCCAAGCACUUGUUUUACAACUGCACGGACAUGGCCUUCUCUCCCUAUGGCACUUAUUGGAGGCACAUAAGGAAAAUCUGCAUACUUGAAUUGCUUAGCGUGAGAAGGGUUCAGUCAUUUAGUCAUGUGAGGAAGGAAGAAGUUGCCCGUUUAGUUCACAGGGUGGCAGAGUCCUGUCCAGGCACCAUAAAUCUAUCUAAAUUACUGGCGUUGUAUACGAAUAACGUGCUUUGCCGGAGUGCUUUUGGGAGGGACUUUUCAGCAGGAGGGGACUACGAUAAGCAUGGGUUCCAGAGCAUGCUGGAGGAGUUUCAGGAGCUGCUUGCGGGAUUCAGCAUAGGAGAUUUCUUUCCUUCCUUGGAAUUCGUUCAUAGUCUGACCGGGAUGAAGGCUAGACUUCAACACGCCUUUAAGCGCUUCGAUCGUCUUUUUGACGAGAUACUGAGCGAACAUUCGAAUGAAAGCAAAGCUACGGAGGCGCAUAAGGAUAUUGUGGAUGUUCUGAUCGAUAUCGAGAAGAACGGUUACGGUGAUAUGCCCCUUACAAGGCCUAACAUCAAAGCCCUUCUCCGGGUCGAUACAACAUUCACAGUUCUUGAUUGGGCAAUGACAGAGCUUGUCAUGAAGCCAAAAGCCAUGGAAAGAGCACAAGUGGAACUGCGAAGCGUCAUUGGAGAGAGAAAAUACGUGCGAGAGACCGACCUACAUCAAUUGCCUUACUUGAAGGCUAUCGUCAAGGAGGUAUUUCGACUGCAUCCUCCUGCUCCUAUGUUAGUCCCAAGGGAAUCCAUGGAGGACAUAACCAUUGACGGAUACUGCAUUCCGGCAAAAACGCGUUUCUUUGUUAACGCUUGGUCAAUAGGUCAUGAUCCGCAAUCGUGGGUUGAUCCUGAAACAUUUCUACCAGAGAGUUUUGAUUGGCAACUUCCUCCUGGUGUACAACCACAAGAUCUGGAUAUGGAUGAAGCUUAUGGCUCCACAAUGCAUAGGAUCGAAAACCUCGUUGUAGUCGGCAAACCCGCUUCACCUAGACAACAGUGA